AUGGACGCAUACUAUGAGCUUAUCGACCGCCUGAACAAGAACGAGGGGACAAAGAGAGAAUUGCCCACAGAUCCUGGUUGGAAUUCCGAACACCUCAACCAUUGCUGGGAUUACCUACGACAGACUAUUAUGUGUAAUGCAGAUGUGACGCUCGAGUGGCGCAAGUACAACGAACAGGUCGGGACGGGGUGGGGAUAUCAGCAUCAGUGCAAGGACUGGGAUGCGAUCAUUGCCUGGGCAGAGAAGUACAGGUACUCGAACAACUGGGGUAUCCUCAGAGGUGGAGGUGAAAGGAUCCCACUCCAAUGA